AUGCCCGAAAUCCAUGAAUCAAUCACAAUUGCAGCUCCUCCCUCGCAAGUCUGGAGCGUUUUAAUGGACUUGGAAUCUUGGCCAAAAUGGAAUACCUUUGUCUCAUCAAUCGAAGUACAACCUCCACACAAUGAACUUGCCGUUGGAAGCAAGCAGACCAUCACCAUCAACAAGUCUCAGUCCUACACCAAUGUCGUAUCAGUUUUACAACCUGAAAAAGAACUUCGCUGGAACGGCAGUAUCUUGACACCGAUUAUCUUCGAUACGAAACACUGGUGUCUUUUGGAAGCUGUCGACGACGGACGGUCGACGACUUUUACUCAGGGCGAGCGUUUUUCUGGCAUCCUGGCACCUGUUGCUGCGGCGAUGGGCAAGCUGGAUGAACUACGUGAAGGUUACGUGAGGAUGAAUGAAGACCUGAAACGAGCUGUUGAGGCUGGAAAAGAACAAAGUUUAUUGUGA